AUGGACCAAGCCGGUGGAAAUAUCGGCAUAUUUUCUUCCGCCUCUCAGCAUACCUCUGCUCCGACGAACUUGUCGGGCCUAGUUUGCAAUGUGCACCGGACGACAGGAGACGAGCCCCCGGGCCUGGUUGGGGCAACGACAACAAUACUAGGGGACAAAUUGUAUGUUUUCGGGGGGAGAGUACAUUCUCGAACGAAACCACAGUUAUCUUCGGACCUCUACGAGCUUGAUCUCAUCCGCCGACAUUGGACCAAGGUCGAUGCACUAGGGGAUGUUCCGCCUCCCCGAUACUUUCACAGCGUCUGCGCCCUCGGGGACUCGAAGCUGGUUUGCUAUGGUGGCAUGUCACCCGCACCACACAGGACCCCUGCGCCCCCGGCUCAACAGGGCAAGCCAGAAGGCCAACCCGAGGUCGUGGUCAUGUCCGAUAUCCAUAUCUUCGAUGUGCCAACACGGACAUGGACCCUGAUAUCGACCCCGGAACAUCCCCAAGGGCGGUACGCUCACUGUGCGACCAUCCUGCCAUCCUGCGCCGUUUUUACGUCUGCCAACGCUCCACUCUCCGCCAUCCAGCACAAUCCACCCUCGUCCGAUCCUCACUCGGGCACGUUGGGAGUCCAAUUGGACGGAACAGGAGGCGCAGAAAUGAUCGUCGCCGGUGGGCAAGACAGCACCAAUAGUUAUAUCGAGCAAUUCAGCGUUUUCAACCUGCGCAGUCUAAAGUGGACAGGCACGACAGAUUGGGACCGCAAAUGUGGAGCAUAUAAGAGCAUGGUCGCGCCCUUGACAGGAUUGUCGGCGGAGCUCAUCGGCCAAGGGGUUCCGCUGGACGAUCCCCAGGUCCAGAGCGCAAGUUCGCAUCCCGGGACGUCGAUGCUGAUAUACUCCAACUACAAUUUUCUGGAUGUCAAGCUUGAGCUGCAAGUCCGGUUACCCGACGGGACCAUAGAGGACAAGACCGUGACCGGAUCCGUGUCUCCGCCUGGGCUGCGCUUUCCCAACGGCGGCGUCAUCGACAGCCAGUUCGUGGUCAGCGGGACAUACUUGACUUCGUCCAAACACGAGUAUGCGCUCUGGGCGCUUAAUCUCAAGACUCUUACCUGGGUGCGGAUUGACACGAACGGGUCGAUUUUUUCGCAAGGGAGCUGGAACCGAGGGGUGUUGUGGAACCGGAGGAAUACCUUUGUCAUUCUGGGGAACCGGAAGCGGAGCCUGGUGGACGACUACAACCAUCGCCGGAUCAAUUUCAGUCACGUUUGCAUGGUUGAGCUGGAGGCGUUUGGCCUUUAUGACAACCCCCGAAGAAUGGCCCCGACCUCGGGUUAUGUGUCGGUAUCUGCUCCGAACAUUCCCCCGUCGAUGCAAUCGAGUCUUCUAGGACAAGCAGCCGGCGGAAGACCGUUCAACAGCACCGCCGAACAACUCGGCCAAGCAGCUUUGAGUCUGGCCGAGCUGUCCGACAUGGAGAUUGUGGCAUUGGGCGGCGAAAAGAUUCCGUGCAACUCGUACAUUCUGUCCCGACGCUGGGGUCCUUUCUUCAAUCGGCUGCUGGCCGAGUCUGUUUCUACUCACGAGAACGUCAGUCUUUCGGACGGCGCCACGCUGAGGCCAAGCAUGCGGUCACAGGCCAGCCGCAACUCUUCGCUGACCAUCACCCCGGCUGUGGCGAACGGCCUGGCGGUGUCUGGAGCAGGGAGUGACGGGAUCUUGGAUCCGCAAAGAUCACUGAGUCGGUCGACGACCAGAACACUGGUCGAGUUGCCCAACACCAUGAACAUUCCCCCGUCGAGUCGCCCGAGAUCCUUGUAUCUGCCUCACAUGGCUCCCACGAUUCACCUGUUGCUGCACUUUCUCUACACGUCUUCGCUGCCGCCGGUCGGGUCACCGUUGUGCACACCACAAACGCUCUGCUCUCUGUUACAGAUGGCCAGACCUUACCAGGUCGACGGACUGCUUGAAGCGACCGUCGAACGGUUGCAUGAGGUAUUGGAAGGGCGAAACUCGGCGGCAGUCUUCAACGCGGCUGCUAUGGCUGCAGGAGGUGGUCGAGGCCUCCGGGGUGCUGCCGGCGGCAACCUGGUUCACAUGGGUCGACGCGAGAGCGAAGCCACCACCAUUGCAGAGUCGACCUCGGGUCUCGCAAGCAAGGCUGCUGGGCUCAAACUGGCGACAAACUAUGAGGAGCCUAGUAAGAAGAGAGGACACGGGAAGUCGAGCUCGAUGGAUUCCGCAUCGACAGCGACUUCGGCGUCGACGUCGACUGAUAUGUCCCGGACGGACACCGAGACUUCGGGACAGGACGACAACGCCGAGCACAAUGGACAUGGAGAUAAGGAGUCUCAAGAAAUAUGGACCGGCGAUCUCAGCUCAGUGAUUGGGCUUCAGAAACGGGGAUUACGAGGAUUGAUGGAAGGACGGCGGCUGAGAGAACGGGCAAAUACUGGAGGCACGGGCGGUGAAUAG